AUGCGUGUAAACUUACGAAAAUUUAUUAUCAUCGGUGUCUGUUUAAUAUGUGCUUGGCUUUUGUUUUCAUAUUCAUCGCACUUUCUUGUUCCUAACGUAAACAAUAAAAACACACUAAAAGAACUGGAAACUAGGCUAGACAAGUUAAAAGAACAGUUGGACAAUGAUAUAAGUGAGAGUAACAAUUUAUUGAAUCGUAUGAAACAUCAUCUCAAGAGGCGAAAUGAAAAAAUAUCCAAGGAAAAUCUAGAAAAUAGCAUAGACUUUAAAAAUUUCCAUCCCAUCCUUCCCGUACUAGUGAUAGCGUGCGACAGGAUAACGGUGAAGCGGUGUCUGGACAACUUAGUCAAAUUCCGACCGGACAAGGAGACGUUCCCGAUUAUAGUCAGUCAGGAUUGCGGGCACAAUGCAACGUACCACGUGAUCAAGGCAUUCACCGACGCAGACCCGACGAUAAGCGUGGUACAGCAGCCUGACCUCUCGGAGAUCCCUCUGACCCGAGCCAAGGUCAAGUUCAAGGGCUAUUACAAGAUCGCGCGCCACUACCGCUUCGCGUUGAACCACGUUUUCAGGACCCUGGGUCACGAGGCAGUCAUCAUUGUUGAAGAUGACUUGGAUAUAUCUCCAGACUUUUUUGAAUAUUUUCUCGGGACGUAUCCGCUGUUGCUGAGGGAUCCAAGUAUAUGGUGUAUAUCAGCGUGGAACGACAACGGCAAGAAGGAAUUGAUAGACCUGACCCGACCAGACCUCCUCCACAGGACUGACUUCUUCCCGGGUCUGGGGUGGGUCUUACGCAGCGAGACCUGGGACCAAUUGGAGCCAAAAUGGCCGGAAGCAUUUUUUGACGACUGGCUACGAGAUCCAGAAAACACACAAGGUCGAGCAUGCAUCAGACCAGAGAUUUCCAGAACUUAUUCGUUUGGAAAGGUGGGCGUGAGCAAAGGUCUUUUCUUCGACCUUCACCUGCGCUACAUGCAGCUCAACAUGAAGUUUGUGGAAUUCACCAAGUUGAACCUCACCUAUCUUAUAAAGGAUGCGUACGACGAUAACUUCACGUCGCUGGUGUAUUCUCUCCCGGAGUCCUCCGCCGAGGACGUGGUGGCGGGGUACGGCAGUGGUCCGGUCCGGGUGCUGUACUCUAAUGCCAAGAGCUACCAGCGCGCAGCCAAGAAGCUGGGGCUCAUGGACGAUUUCAGAAGUGGCAUACCACGGACAGCAUAUCGCGGUGUAGUGACGUGUUUCAUAAAAGGCCGUCGGGUCUACCUUGCCCCCAGCUAUGAAUGGAAUAAGUAUGAUCCCCAUUGGGGGUAA